AUGUAUACAGAGAAGAGAGUCGGCCCAAGAAUUGAACCCUUCGGCUCCCCCAUAGAGACUGCCAGAGGUGCUGAUGGUUGUGCUCUUUACAGACGCGGUCAACAAGUGUUCCUGAGGCCAGACGAGACCUCAGCUCUAACCCUGACUGACCGACUACAGGAUGCUUUACUACGGCUGGCAGCAGUUGUUGACGUGCGCUCACUCCGAGAUGCUCUCAGAGAGACUGUACAGGGGCUACUGCCCAGCGUGGAGUGUGUGUGUGUGUACGUGCUGGAGGGAGACUCCAAGCUGCAGUGUGAUGGCCCAAGCCAUGAGCUGCCAAAGGAGGGGAAGAUCAGGGAGGUGGUGGGCCAGUUGAAGAGGUGUGUGUGUGCAGGUCUACCUCCGUCGGAACUGCACGAGAAACAAAGAAGCAGCCUCGCAGCACCCCUCCCACCCCACAGACGAGCUUUGAUAAUUCCUCUCCUGGACCAAGAUCAUGGUGUGGCCAUCUCAGUCUUACUGGUGGGCUGUAAACCGCUGAGUGAUCAGGAUGAACAACACCUCAACACUCUGGAGAAACAUGCGGCUGUAGCGUGUAGGAGGGUAUGGAGCCUACAGUCGGCCAAUCAGAAGUCUCUCGUCAGCCUGUCACCGAUCCAGUCCCGCAAUGCACUGCUCCGGCCUGAACCCACAGACUACUGUGACCUGGACCGCAAGAUUCUACAGCUGUGUGGUGAGCUGUAUGACCUUGAUGCAACUACUCUUCAGCUUAAAGUCAUCAAUUAUUUGCAGCAGCAGACCCAGUCUCAGUGCUGCUGUCUCCUACUGGUGUCUGAGGACAACCACCAGCUCUUUUGUCAGGUGGUUGGAGACAAAGUUCUAGAGGAGGAGAUCAGCUUCCCUCUGAUGUUUGGGCGCUUUGGGCAGGUAGUGGAGAAGAAGAGAUCCAUCACACUUCAGGAUGUCACGGAGGAGGAGUGCAGACAGCUGUCCAGUAUGCUGGACAGUGAGGUGUCCUCUCUGCUGUGUGUCCCUGUGGUUAGCAGAGCCACUGGCCAGGUGGUUGCACUAGCCUGCGCCUUCAACAAGCAGGGAGGACAACGACACACAGAGGCGGAUGAACAUACGAUCCAGCACUGCUUCUGUUACACCUCCACUGUCCUCACCUCCACACUGGCCUUCCAGAAAGAACAGAAACUCAAAGUGGAGUGUCAGGCACUGUUACAGGUGGCCAAGAAUCUCUUCACACAUCUGGAUGAUGUGUCUGUGCUGUUGCAAGAGAUUAUAGUUGAGGCCAGGAACCUCAGUGAUGCAGAGAUUUGUUCUGUGUUCCUACUGGAUCAAGUUAGCCAUGAGCUGGUUGCCAAGGUGUUUGAUGGGGGUGUGGUCAGUGAUGAUGAGAAGGAGUUCCGUAUCCCUGCGGACCAGGGCAUAGCGGGUCACGUAGCUAUGACUGGGCAGAUCCUGAAUAUUAAGGAUGCGUACUCCCACCCUCUGUUCUACCGAGGAGUGGACGACAGCACCGGGUUUAGAACACGCAACAUCCUCUGCUUCCCCAUCAAGGACGAGAACAACGAGGUGAUUGGGGUGGCUGAGUUGGUCAAUAAGACUAAUGGACCGUGGUUUAACCGAUUCGAUGAGGACCUGGCCACUGCUUUCUCCAUCUACUGUGGAAUCAGCAUAGCACACUCUCUUCUGUAUAAGAAGGUCCAUGAGGCUCAGUUCAGAUCCCACCUGGCCAACGAGAUGAUGAUGUACCACAUGAAGGUUUCAGAGCAGGAAGUGGCCCAGCUUUUGGAAACUGGGCUGGAGCCAGUGGAUGAGAUUCAUCCCUUAUUCGCUGAGUUCACGUACACACCCCGCUCACUACCUGACGACAACACACCCAUGGGUAUCCUGAGUAUGUUUGAGGACAUGGGCUUUAUCAACACCUAUAAGAUUGACCUGCACACUCUGGCCAGGUUCUGUCUGAUGGUGAAGAAGGGUUACAGAGAUCCUCCCUAUCACAACUGGACUCACGCGUUCUCGGUCUCUCACUUCUGUUAUCUCCUCUACAAGAACCUGGGCCUCGCCAACUACCUGGAGAAUAUAGAGAUCUUUGCUCUCUUUGUCUCCUGUAUGUGUCAUGACCUGGACCACCGUGGGACUAACAACUCCUUUCAAGUGGCCUCGCAAUCUGUCCUGGCUGCCCUCUACAGCUCAGAGGGCUCUGUGAUGGAGCGACACCACUUUGCCCAAGCCAUAGCCAUUCUGAACACCCACGGCUGCAACAUCUUCGACAAGUUCUCCAGAAAGGACUACCAGAGGAUGUUGGACCUGAUGAGGGAUAUUAUCCUGGCCACUGACCUGGCUCACCACCUCCGCAUCUUCCCCGACCUGCAAAGGAUGGCUGACGCUGGCUACAACCCCAGGAAUCAGACCCACCGUUCUCUGCUGCUGUGCCUGCUGAUGACCUCAUGUGACCUGUCGGACCAGACCAAGGGCUGGAAGACCACCCGCAAGAUCGCUGAGCUGAUCUAUAAAGAGUUCUUCUCCCAGGGGGAUCUGGAGAAGGCGAUGGGGAAUCGUCCCAGUGAGAUGAUGGACAGAGAGAAGGCCUACAUCCCAGAGCUACAGAUCAGCUUCAUGGAACACAUCGCCAUGCCCAUCUACAAGCUGCUGUCAGAGCUGUUACCAGGGGCAUCAGAGCUGUAUGAGCGUGUAGCGACCAAUCGAGUGCAGUGGACAAAAGUCUCCCAUAAGUUCACCGUCCGUGGGUUGCCUAGCAACAAUAGCCUCGACUUCCUGGAUGAAGAGUAUGAGCUGCUGCAAUCCCAGGGUGCGCUGGGAGAUGACAGCCACUGCCUCAACGGUUGCCUGGAUGAUGUGGUUGGGGGGAGGGGCCAGUGAACACACCAACCAAUGGGAAGGGAGCCAGUGGUAUCUCUAGGCCAAUAGAAACAUAAGGAAACAAUUUCCUUUUUAUGUCCUCAGGCAGAGAGGGCGAGACUUUGAGACAGUUUGACAUUUGAUUGACAGCUGUCAAUCUCUGAGGCUGAGCAAGACGGAGUGAACUCAGGAGGGACAAUUCAGAUGAAUCAUUUGACAGGAGUUGAUUCUGACUAGUCAAUUCAGAUGAAUCAUUUGACAGGAGUUGAUUCUGACUAGUCAAUUCAGAUGAAUCAUUUGACAGGAGUUGAUUCUGACUAGUCAAUUCAGAUUAAUCAUUUGACAGGAGUUGAUUCUGACUAGUCAAUUCAGAUGAAUCAUUUGACAGGAGUUGAUUCUGACUAGUCAAUUCAGACGAUUCCUGUAGAUGUUAAAUGUGACUGAACUCCUGUGAGGAAAGCAGAGAGUCGUGUUGACUCUGGAAAUGAUCAUUUUCAUAACGAAGGUCACCGUUCAUAUUGUUCUGAGUUUCUGUUUUACACACAGGCUCCCAGACACCUAACAGGUCAAUACCCAUGUAAUAACACAUACCUUUCUUAGUUAACAGAAAGCUGUGUAGAACGAAGGACAGUUAAGGAAUCUGUUGGUUUAUGUUGAUUUAAGAUCAUCAGAAUCCUUCCCACCAGCCCACACAAACCCUGAUCAGCUGCUAUGUCACUCAUACGACUGCUUAUGUAUGCUGUAUGUAGCCUACACCACGUGCGUUUCUCCCUUUAUCUCAGCCAGCAUUGAAUUUAUUUCUCAUUUCUUAGGCAUCAUGUAAGUCUCUAGUUUGCCAAUUAUUGUAUUUGUUAUUAUAUAUAGAGCUCAUUCAUGGCCAUUUGAUGCCCGGUGGUUAUUGAGGUAACUGUAUCUGCAGUGUGUCAGGUAAUGUGAGUGUAAGUUCCAUCUUUUGGAGAUGAGGACAGUUUGACAGUCAAUGAUCACUGGUCAGUGCCAUCCUCAUUAGCUAAAAUCACACACACACCACCA